AGGAGGAGAGAGGGAUGGAGGCAGAAGGGAGGGGUUUUUAAAGGGUGGGCUCACAGGCAUUGUCAGGCAGCGAGUAAGAACCAAGCAGAGAGUUCCACCCCAGCCAGACCGAAUCCAGAGCACAAACUGGGAUGAGUACAUGCACUGGACCACUUAGCUGUUGAUACAGCCAGCCACAGAGAGAGGCACGAGACUGAGAGCGUGCACCAGAGAAAAAAAAAGAGGGAAAAAAGAAGCAGAGAAGAAAGCAGGAGGAACUCCAACUAUGCUGUGCUGCAUAAGAAGAACCAAACCGGUGGAGAAAAAUGAGGAUGCAGACCAGAAGAUUGAGCAGGAUGGCACCGCCAACAAACCCGAGGACAAGGCCCACAAGGCAGCCACCAAAAUACAGGCUAGCUUCCGUGGACACAUAACUCGGAAAAAGAUGAAAGACGGAGAAGAGGACAAGGAAGAAGACAGUCCUGUUGCAGAUGAGGCGAAGGAGGGAGAAGAGGAGACAAAGAAAGCGGAGGGAGAGGAGACACCUGCUAAGCAGGACGAAGCUGCAGGAGAGGAGGCGAAGAAGGAGGAGUCAAACCAAGCCAAAAGCCCCGCGGCAGACAAACCAGCUAACUCUCCGGCAGCUGCUGUCUCUCCUGCAGGCGCAGCCACUUCUCCUGUAGCGGCGGCCCCAUCUGCUCCUACAACCGCCACGGCGCCCUCUGAACCUGAGAAAGAGGAGCCGAAGGCGGAGGAGAAGCCCAAAGAGGUGGAGGCUCCGGCGGCCAAGAGUCCCACCACGACCACAGCCGAGGAGAAGAAGGAGGAGGACAAGAAGUGCGAGGAGAAGAAGGAGGAGGCCAGACAAGCCGACGUGCCUGCUGCUGUCAGCCCGACAGCUGAGGAAGAGCCUAACCAAACAAAAGAUAAACAAGAUGCUGCAGAGGAGUCGAAAGCAGAGGAGGCCGCUCCUGCUGCCGAGCCCCCCGAGUCCAAGGAGGAGUAAGACCAAGUCGAACCCUGUGAAAGCAAAACGAAGCGUACGAAGAAUACCGCAAGAAACACAGUUCUACAAACGUGGCCCUUUGCCUUCUCCACGCGAAGGCCACCAGUUUCUAUUUGUUUGUCAUCUUUUCGUGUGGCAAUGAUUUUCCCAUGUUGGGGGGAGGGAGGGGGGGAGUUUCCAGCAUGAAGUUUUUUGGCUCAAGCUAAAACCACGAGGCAGAAAUGAUGUUCGGAAAAGUAAAGAAAAAGAUCUUGACGCUGCCGAGGUGGAAGACUUCAUUUGGUAGACGUUUUUUACCGAAAGUGAAACCUGCACCAAACUGGAAAAACACAUGUUUAAUGAAGUCCAUGUUGCAAAUGCAACUUGUUGCAAAAAUACUCUCAAAAACUUGCCGUUUUAAAGAUUUUCAUGAUUAGACGUGUGAGAACACACAGUCAUAUAAUGUAUCGACUCAUCUGAAAGAUAACAGAAUGUAUAUUUGAAUGUGUGAAUUUUCCAGUUGGGCAUUCCUUUAUCUAAACAUAAUUUAUUGAACACUUCUGCUUGACUCAUUCAAGCACCCUUUGUACAAACGCUGUACCUGCAUUUACAGUAAAGGACCUGUUUUCAAUCAAACAACCAUAGCAGACCAUACAAAUCGAGCAGUAUUGAUAUACUCACAUGUUCAGCCAACCAACAGCAGCAUGAACCAUUUAAACCAAAUGCAUGAUGGGAACUCUCCCUUUGAGAGGAACGUCUUCGCAGUCACAAAAACUCAAGAGGAUGUGGCGGCUUCUUUUCGAUGUCUUUAGUGUUGUUAUAUGAAUUGGGGAAGAAAAAAAAACAAUGACGUUCCAAAAAAAAAAAAAAAUUAGAUGCAACAAAUGAGCAAAACAAACACAAAAAAGAGAGAAUCAUUUUCUUAUGUUUCCAGUGAGUGCAAUGUCCAGUUUCAACUUUAUCAAGGAGUUGUGAGAAAAAAAGUAUGAAAAAAAAAUUCAAAUGGUUUCAAUGUCUGUUUUCAAAAAUAAAGCAAAUGUGCCAAUUACCAUCACAAA